CCAAUUCCCAACCCGCGCGCCGCCACGCUCUCGGCUCGCGUUCGCGGCGUCGCCCCACCGGCGGAAGGCGGCGUCGCGGAGACGUCAAGAGCAGCAGAGGCAUGCUGCAGCACACCACCUGAUCGGGCGGUGGAUCCAGAGGCCAAUGCUUGGCGCCGCGGCGACAUUGGCUGGUGAGACCGUGAGAAGCAAGCAGUAGUGCGCUGUCCUUGCGCGGGGCAGGAGGGCGCUCCGUGGCAUGGCCACGCCCCCGGCCGCCGUCCGCGCCCUCAUCGCCGCCGCAGCCACCGUCCGGCACCUCAGGCAGAUCCACAGCCACCUCCUCACCUCCGGGCGCGUUGACUCCCUCGGUCCCGUCCUGCUCCGCCGCAUCAUUUCGCUGCCCUCCCCGCACCUCCACCUCCCCUUCGCUCACCGGCUCCUCCUCUCCCUACCAUCCCCGCCGCUGGACCUCUUCAACCUCCUCCUGCCCCCGCUCGCCUCCUCGACCGACCCAUCCACCGGGGCCUGCCUCUUCGUCCGCCUCCGCCGCGGCGGCCUGCGCCCCGACGCGCACACGCUCCCGCACGUCCUCAAGGCUCUCGCGCGUCUCGCGCCGGGCUCCCUCCCGCACGUUGCUUGCACCCACGUGGAGGCCAUCAAGAGCGGCCUCGAGCGCGCCGUGGUGUACGUACCGAACGCCAUCAUGGCCGCGUAUUCUGCCUGCGGCCACCUCGGGCGCGCCGUGCAGGUGUUCGACGAAAUGACACGCCGGACUGUGGUGUCAUGGAACACCGCGCUCACCGCCUGCGUGGACAACGACUGCCACGACUGGUGCGCCAGGAUGUUUACGGAGAUGGUAGAGGCUGGGUUCGAGCCUGACCACACAACGUUCGUGGUCAUGUUGUCCACUGCUGCCGAGCUGGGAAACUUGGCGCUUGGCAAGUGGGCUCAUGGGCAGGUCGUUGCCCGGAAGCUGGACAUGACGCUUCAGCUUGGCACUGCAGCAGUGAAUAUGUACGCCAAGUGUGGUGCAGUAAGUUAUGCAUCACGCUUGUUUGGGAGGAUGACAGCAAAAAAUGUCUGGACAUGGAGUGCGAUGAUCGUGGGGUUUUCACAGAAUGGGAUGGCACAGGAGGCGCUAGAGCUGUUUUAUAAGAUGAAGGAUGCAUCUGUCAUGCCCAACUAUGUCACGUUCCUUGGACUGCUUUGUGCAUGCAGUCAUGCUAGGCUGGUUGACGAGGGCCGCCAAUUCUUCCAUGAAAUGCAGCAUGUCUAUGGAAUCAAGCCGAUGAUGACACACUACAGUGCCAUGGUGGAUGUCCUGGGACGCAGUGGUCACCUCCAGGAAGCUUAUGACUUUGUUAUGGACAUGCCAGUCAAGCCUGAUGCGGUUGUCUGGAGGACAUUGCUGAGCGCCUGCCAGCUUCACAGCUCCAUGGACUGCAUAUACAUUGUUGACAAGGUGCAGAAGAGACUGUUGGAGCUGGAGCCCCGAAGAAGCGGGAAUUAUGUGAUGGUUGCAAAUAUAUACUCUGACAUUGGGUCAUGGGAUAAGGCGGCCAUGGCGAGGAGGGUGAUGAGGGAAGGGAGGAUGAAGAAGAUGGCAGGGGAGAGCUGCAUUGAGAUUGGUGGGCAGAUUCAGCGGUUCAUCUCCGGGUAUGAUUCUUGCCUUGGAUUUGACGGUGCAUCCAGGAUUCUGCAUGAGCUGAACACCAUCAUGAGAAAAUGGGAACCUGUCGACAAAAUUUUGCUUGUUGAUGCUGACAUUUGAGGACAGCAUAUUCCGAGCAAACUGUUCAGAUACCCUUCUAAAAUGCUUUUAGUUUGUGCUAUGCACUAUGUCCAUUGGGCUUGUGUACAAUGAUGCUGCAAUGAGAAAGGAGAUGUAACAUGUGAAAUGUCAUGAGCCUUAUGACUAUGGGUACACUGCACCUUCCGGAGCACAUCCUGAUGAAACUACUAUUGAUAUGAGUUCUUUUGGUUUUGUAAGUGCAGGCCCAGAUGACUUUGUGCUCAAGUUUUUCGUCAGAUCAGUUGUACCAAUUGUAAAGAUAGAUCAAUAGUACCAAUUGUAAAGAUGCGUGGGAUCCCGCCCAGUUAAGCUACGGAUUUUGCUAGUGCGUUGGUGUCGUGAAGGCAGGGAGUAGCGAGGUGUACAUAACUUGACACAUAUCUGAGUCAUGUGCUGCCAACUAAAUCUUGCCGAUGUAGAAGGCAUGUUUCAGUGUAACGACCGUGCCAGCGCCCCCAGAUCACCAAGUGCGACUUCACUGUU